CUGGCGUGCGUCCAUUCAAAUGUACCUUCCACCGGGCGACGCCGGUCAGAAAAGCGUUGGCGCACGUUGAGCGUAGAUCCUCCCGGGUGCGCGUGCCACUGUGUCCCUGGUGCUGAAGACUUGUGAAGUGCUGUUUUGUGGGUGUAGAUAUUAUAACAGUGCGCCCCUCUGCCCCUCCCCAAGUGCCCUGGUGCUGCUGGUGUGUGAAGAACUUUGAAAUUUGAAGACAAACGAUCGCUGCCGCCGUCACGAUGUCGUCACGAACGUCAAGCGAUACGCAACUGGACAAAGUCCAGAUCAAAUCCGCCUCAGUCUACAACAUACACGGUCUGAGCGGUUCGCAGCACUCGCUGAGCGCACCACCGAUCCACAAGGAUGUCAUCGGAUACCGUGGAAGCAACGAGUUUAUACUGGCCGAUGACAAACAGUCGACGAUGGAUCAGAUCAAAGCGAUCGGACCCUGGUUCCGGCGCAAGUGCAAGAACGUUUGCCGCCGAAAGAUACUGUACAAGCGCGUUCCGGUCCUGAACUGGCUGCCACGGUACUCGGCGGAUGAUGCGGUUGGUGAUCUGGUGGCCGGUAUAACCGUUGGAUUGACCGUCAUCCCGCAGGCCCUCGCUUACAGUAGCAUCGCAGGACUACCGGCAGCGUACGGUCUGUACGGUUCAUUCGUUGGCUGCUUCGUCUACAUCCUGUUCGGUUCGUGUAAGGACGUUCCGAUGGGACCCACGGCCAUCGCGUCCCUUCUCACCUUCCAGGCCUGCGACGGUAUCUGGCAGCGAGCCGUCCUUCUCUGCUUCCUCACCGGUCUGAUCGAGCUGCUGAUGGGGCUGUUUGGGCUUGGUUUUCUCAUCGAUUUCGUCUCCGGACCCGUCAGCUCCGGUUUUACCUCCGCCGUUUCCCUCAUCAUCCUGAGCUCACAGGUGAAGGAUCUCCUCGGUAUCGCCGCCAAGGGUAACACCUUCGUCGAACAGUGGUCCUCGAUCAUCGACAACAUCCACAACACGCAGCUCGGUGAUGCACUGAUGGGUUUCAUCUGUAUCGUUGUGCUGCUGUUGAUGCGACUACUGCCACGGAUCAAAGUUGGCCCUCCGGAUGCGUGCGAUCAGUCGGUGGUUCAGCGGAUCAUCAACAAAUCUUUGUGGCUCCUUGGUACGGCACGCAACGCUAUCAUCGUGGUGGUGUGUGGUGGUAUUGGUGCAGCGUUUUACGAAAAUGGUAAACAACCGUUCCGGAUGAUCGGUGAGGUACCAGAGGGACUGCCCAGUGUACAAGCGCCACCAUUCUCCGUGCCCGAGAUCGUCGAUGGGAAUGGAACGGUGACGCAGGAGUACGAGAGCUUCGGUGAUAUGCUAUCGAACUUAGGGUCGAUGUUGAUCGUCAUCCCGUUGAUUGCGCUGCUCGAGAACAUUGCCAUCUGCAAGGCAUUCGCUGAUGGAAAGCCAGUCGAUGCCACCCAGGAGCUGAUCGCCAUCGGAGUGUCCAACAUUGCCAACUCCUUCGUCCAGGGCUAUCCCGGUACGGGAGCACUAUCGCGUGGUGCCGUCAACAAUGCCAGUGGAGUGAGGACACCGUUCGGUGGACUGUAUACCGGAAUUCUCGUCAUCCUGGCGCUACUCUUCUUCACGCCUUACUUCUUCUAUAUCCCACGGGCGGCCCUCGCUGCCAUCAUUAUUGCGGCCGUCAUCUUUAUGAUUGAGGUGCGUGUCGUGAAGCCGAUGUGGCGAAGCAAAAAGACCGAUCUCAUCCCGGGUAUUGCGACGUUCAUCGCCUGUUUGGCCCUUCCGCUCGAGUACGGUAUUCUGGUGGGCAUUGGGUUGAACAUUCUGUUCAUUCUGUAUCACGCGGCGAGGCCCAAGAUCCACAUGGAUCAGGCGGUGACACCGUGCGGUGUCAAGUACCUGAUGCUGACGCCCGAUCGUUGCCUGAUCUUCCCUUCGGUUGAUUACGUGCGUAAUCUGAUCAACAAGCACGGUCUGAAGAGUCAGAUUCCGGUGGUGAUCGAUUGUACGCACAUUUACGGUGCGGAUUUUACGGCCGCGCAGGUUAUCGAUACGCUUAUUAAGGACUUUAAGAGCCGUAAUCAGUUGCUGCUGUUCCUGAACCUGAAACCCUCGGUUGGAAGUGUGUUCGAGGGAGCGGAUCUCGAGUAUCGGGUGUUUUACGAUUUCGAGCAGCUCGACAAAGCGAUUCGCGAGUGUCGCCGGAAGAGCAUCCAGGGGGCAUGAGGGGGUGCGUUGCGCUUCCUCCCUCUAGGUCAACCAUGCGACCACACUAUCGAGUAUAAAGACACAAGUGAUCUGUACAUUUUUAGUAGCCCUUAAAGACAAGCCAUACACACAUGUUUAGCGUAGCGCAGCGGUGUACGCCCUUAUAGGAGCGCGUCCUUCCCUCCUCCUCCUUGGUUCCUAUUACCCGUUCCCCGUUCCCGUGAUUGUGACGUGAAACUGACGAAAGACAUCCUAGUACUUAAUAAGAUCUCUUCGAUAAGCGAAGUUAAAACGAGCUUCAAUAAAGCACAAAUACACACUUA